AUGGCACCCACCUCGAACGAUUCCGUCGCCGUCAACGUCGGCAGCUACACCAGCUCCUCCGGCAUGCCCUCGUCGUCCAAGGGUGGCUCCCAAGUGUCCACCAGCGACAUCCAGCGAUGGUUAGACUCGGCCGGCCCGUCCGUCGUGAGGCUAAGCCUCGUUCGCCCGAACCCACCGUCACAGCCGAAUCCGCCUGCGGAGACCUGA